AUGGCUCCCCAGAAGAAGAAGCAGCACAACUACGAGUUUGGCGGCCCCCCCGGCGCCACGGCUAUCGUCUUCGGGCUCCCCGUGCUCCUGUGGGCCUUCUUCUUCGUCUGCAACGACAAGACCGGCUGCCCGGCCCCGUCCACCCUGAGCCCUCGCACAUUGACUUUGGAGAAGCUCAGGGCCGAGACGCCGUGGCCCGCCGACGGCAUCUGGGGUUUCUGUAGCUGGGAGGUCAUGGGCUGGACUCUGGCCUACUACCUCCUCAGUCUGGUGCUCUACCGCGUCCUCCCCGCCCAGGAGCUGGUCGGCACGAAGUUGCUUCAGUCCGGCAAGGCCUUGAAGUAUCGCUUCAAUGCCUUUGGCGCAUCCGUCGUCCAGCUCGCCGCCCUGGCCGUCGGCACCUACCUCCACGGCGCCGACUUCGUCGUCUGGACCUACAUCUCGGACAACUACCUGCAGCUGCUGACGGCCAACAUCAUCAUCGCCUACGUCAUAACCAUCUACGUCUAUGUCGCCAGCUUCGGCGUGAAGCCGGGCAACCCGGACCUCCGCGAGCUCGCCGUCGGAGGCAACACCGGCAGCCUGAUCUACGACCUGUACAUCGGCCGCGAGCUGAACCCCCGCGUCAGCCUGCCGCUCUUCGGCGAGGUCGACAUCAAGGCCUGGCUCGAGAUGCGGCCCGGCCUCACCGGCUGGGUCAUCCUCAACCUCGCCUUCUGCGCCAAGCAGUACCGCUCCUUCGGCUACCUCUCCGACAGCAUCCUCUUCACCACCGCCGUCCAGGCCUACUACGUCCUCGAGGGCCAGUACAUGGAGGCCGGCCUGCUGACCAUGAUGGACAUCACCACCGACGGCCUGGGCUUCAUGCUCACCUUUGGCGACAUCGCCUGGGUCCCCUUCCUCUACUCCACCCAGGCCCGCUACCUCUCCGUCUUCCCCGUCCAGCUGGGCUGGGCCGGCGUCGCCGCCGUCUCUGCCGUCUUCGCGACCGGCCUGUACAUCUUCCGCGCCUCCAACAACCAGAAGAAGGUCUUCCGGACGCAGCCCGACCACCCGAGCGUCAAGGACAUGCCCUUCAUCCAGACCAAGCGCGGCACGCGCCUGCUUGCCGGCGGCUGGUGGGGCGUGUCGCGCCACAUCAACUACUUUGGCGACUGGCUCCAGGCCUCGCCCUUCAGCCUGCCGACGGGCAUCGCCGGCUACCAGAUCCUGACCGCCGGCAGCGCCGUCUCCGGCGCCGUCACGAUGCUCGACGGCCGGGAGGUCGUCCAGGGCGCCGCGCGCGGCUGGGGCAUGAUCUUCACCUACUUCUACGUCGUCUACUUCGCCAUCCUGCUCAUCCACCGCGAAGGCCGGGACGACGCUGCCUGCGCGGAGAAGUAUGGCGAGGACUGGGUCAAGUACAAGAAGGUCGUCAGGUGGAGGAUCCUGCCCGGCAUCUACUAG